GAAUGGAGGGGGGGGGGGCUCAGUGUUCCUGCAGCAACGCAUUCCUCCAGGCUGCUUCGACUCUCCCAGUAAACACCAGUUCAACUCCAGUUAGAUCUGGGCCAUCCAAAGCUCGGUACCGGUUCUGGUUCCGCUCCUGCUGGGCUUCACUCUGACUGCUAGAGAAGCCGGUUCCACGUGGAGAUGAAGCUGCUGCUGCUGGUUCUGAUUCUGAUGGAGCGGGCUGCAGCUCAGCAGAGAGGAUUGUUCCCGGCCAUCUUUAACCUUGCCAGUAAUGCAGAGAUCAGCAGCAACGCCACAUGUGGAGAACCAGAACCAGAGGUGUACUGUAAGCUUGUGGAACAUGUUCCAGGUCGGAGAAUCAAGAACCCUCACUGCCCCAGAUGUGAUGCCAACUCAGUCCUGUCUAAAGAGCGUCAUCCAAUCACAAACGCCAUUGACGGGACCAAUCGGUGGUGGCAGAGUCCCAGCAUCAAGAACGGCCGUCAGUUUCACUGGAUAACCAUCACCCUGGAUCUGAAACAGAUCUUUCAGGUCGCCUACAUCAUCAUCAAAGCUGCCAAUUCUCCACGACCAGGUAACUGGAUCCUGGAGCGCUCUCUGGAUGGAGUGACCUUUCACCCCUGGCAGUACUACGCCAUCAGUGACUCGGAGUGUUUGUCUCGUUACAACGUCACACCAAGGAUAGGACCGCCCACCUACAGAGGCGACACGGAGGUCAUCUGCACGUCCUACUACUCCAGACUGAACCCCCUGGAACAUGGCGAGAUCCACACCUCUCUGAUUAACGGGCGUCCUGGAGCCGAUGACUUGACCCCAGACCUCUUGAACUUUACAUCCGCUCGUCACAUCAGGCUGAGGCUUCAGCGAAUCAGAACGCUUAAUGCGGACCUGAUGACGUUAAGCAUCCACGACCCGCGUGACAUCGACCCGAUUGUGACCCGGCGGUACUAUUACUCCAUCAAGGACAUCUCUGUGGGCGGCAUGUGCAUCUGCUAUGGCCACGCCCAGAGCUGCCCGCUGGACCCGCUGACCAAGAGGCUCAAGUGCGUGUGUGAACACAACACCUGUGGGGAAAGCUGUAACGAGUGUUGCCCUGGUUACCAUCAGCUGCCGUGGCAACCAGGAACCCUCUCUGAAGGGAACACCUGUGAAAAGUGUAACUGCCACAACAAAGCCAGCGACUGUCUCUACAACCAGACGGUUUCGGACCUCAGCCUGAGUUUAAACAGCCAUGGAGUUCGUCGGGGGGGCGGAGUCUGUCUCAGCUGUCAACAAAACACAACCGGGAUCAACUGCGAGACCUGCAGGGACGGGUUCUACAGACCUGCUGAGGUGUCUCCGUACUCUGACUUCCCCUGUGUGGAGUGUAGCUGCGACCUGCGGGGGUCCAAGUCGUCGGUGUGCAGCAGAGACGACACAGAACCAGGUGUGUCCGCAGGUCAGUGUCAGUGUAAGGAGGGGUUCUCGGGUCAGCGCUGUGACCGCUGUGCGUUUGGCUUCAGAGAUUUCCCUCUCUGCGUUCGCUGCGAGUGUAACCUGGCAGGAAGCACCAACACCGACCCGUGCCGCCCCUGCACCUGCAAGGCCAACGUGAUGGGAGUCCACUGCGACGCCUGUAAACCGGGCUUUUACCACCUGCAGCACAGCAACUCGCUGGGCUGCACCGACUGCUUCUGCUUUGGUGUUUCUGAUGUCUGUGAGAGCUCUGAUUGGUCCACCACUCAGGUGGUUCUUUCCGACGCUGUCCUCCAACCAUCUGGACCUCUCCGGCCUGCCCUGUUCGUCCAUGGAAAUGACCUCAGCGUUCCCAUCAAUGCGUCUUCGGGUGCGGCGCACCGACACCUGCUGCGGUGGGCGGCGCCAAGCCGCUUCCUGGGCAACAAGUUGGUGUCCUAUGGAGGGUUCUUCAUGUACUCUGUGGUCUAUGAUGUCCCCCUGGACAACGAGGACCAGACCCUUCCUGUCCUCUCUGAUGUUAUCAUGGAGGUAAGAACAAGCUUCUUUAGAAACCACCUGACGUCCAUCAUCAUGGAGAGAGGAGAACAUCUCAGCAGCUUCCAACCUUCCAGGAUAAACGUCCACCAGAUUCAGCCCAAGGGUCAGAAUCGGUACCAUGACCGUCUAGAAGGUCCAUUUAGAGAUGAAGAUCAAACACUGAAGUCUUUCUUGCUAUGUUUCCAGGGAAAUGGCCGAACUCUUCGUCUCUCGCCUCCUCUGCUCCUCUUCCUCUCUCCCCUGGCAGAACAAUCUGUCUCUGUGGAGAUGUUUCCAAAGCAGUUUGUGGACCAUCAAACGGGUGGUCCGAUAACCCGAGACGACCUGCUGCUGGUUCUGGCCGACCUGGCCUCGCUGUCGGUGAGAGUUCACCUGAACGCUUCUACUGAGGCACAAAUACGACUCAGCGUGGUCUCCCUGGACGUAACAGAUUCCGGGUCAGGUUCUGGGGUUCGGGCCGUUGGAGUGGAGACGUGUGAAUGUCCGUGGGGCUACAGUGGAACUUCCUGUGAGGCUUGUCUCCCUGGAUUCUACAGAGUCGGUGGGGUUCUGUUCGGAGGAAACUGCAUGGAGUGCGACUGUAACGGCCGCUCCACUCAGUGUGACAUCAGCGGCGUCUGUGAGGGCUGCACCCACAACACCACCGGUCCUCACUGUGAUCAGUGCCUUCCUGGUUUUUAUGGAGACCCAACCAAGGGGGACUGUCAGCUGUGUCCGUGUCCUCUAACGGAGCGGUCCAACAGUUUCAGCCCAACCUGUGUACUGGAGGCGUCUGGGAAGGUGUCAUGUGAUCAGUGCCAACAUGGCUACACUGGGACAAACUGUGAGAGGUGUGCCAGUGGUUUCUACGGCAACCCACAGGUAGUGGGCGGGGCCUGUGUUAGCUGUGAGUGUAACAGUAACGUUAACGUCAGUGAGGCCGGAUACUGCGAUGCUGUCACCGGGGAGUGUCUACUGUGCCUCGGCAACACGGCAGGAAAACACUGUGAGGUCUGCCAUCCUGGUUUCUAUGGAGACGCAGUGCUGUCCAAGGAUUGUAAAGACUGUGGCUGUGAUGUCAACGGCUCUGUCUCCAGUCUAUGUGACAUCACAACAGGCCAGUGUUUGUGCAGACAGAACGUGACGGGGCGCACCUGUGAUCGCUGCCAGUCGGGGUUCUUCGGGCUUCAGAGUGGGCGGGGCUGUGAACCCUGCGGCUGCAGCCAAUCAGGAUCCCUGUCUGAGUCAUGUGAUGAGACCGGGCAGUGCUGCUGUAAAGAGGGCGUGGCUGGAGUCAAGUGUGAUCGCUGUAGCCGUGGUUACUACGGUUACCAUGGCAGCAACUGCACAGCAUGCAUCUGUGAUCACACCGGUGGAAAUUGUGACCCUGAAAGCGGAGAGUGCGUCUGCCCCCCCAACACAGAGGGAGACACUUGCGACAGGUGUGAGACAGGUCACUGGGGUCACGACCCUGCCACAGGCUGCAAGCCAUGCAGCUGCAGUGCGGCUGGAAGCUCCGCCCCCCAGUGUGAUCUGCUCAGCGGCCAGUGUUCCUGCAGGGAUGGCUUCUCUGGCAGGUCAUGUGAUCGAUGUGCACCUGGCUUCUACGGUUACCCAGCAUGCUCAGCGUGCAGCUGUGAUGUGGCAGGAACCAAUGAGACGUUCUGCAAUAAAACCCUCGGUGUAUGUGAGUGUGAACGGACAGGAGACUGUGUGUGCAAGCCUGGCGUGUCGGGUCGGCGCUGCGAGGAGUGUGUUUUUGGUCGGUUUGGUCUGUCAGACCUGAACCCAAAUGGCUGUUCUGAGUGUUUCUGCUCUGGACUGAGCAGCGUCUGUGAGGAGGAGGGAGGACUCAUCAGAGUCCCUAUCAGCAUUGGCCGGUCUCCUGACGUCUUGUCAUUGGUCAGUCUGUCCAGCCUGCAGAAUGCUGUAUCUGGGGUUUACCAGCAGGGCGGCGAAAUGCUGCUUGACACCCGCCAGUUGAACACCACUGGGCUCGUUGGCCCCCUCUACUGGAGACUGCCCGCCGACGUUGAAGGCAACCAGCUGAUGUCAUACGGCGGCGCGCUCUCUUACAUCGUCACGUUCUACGCUGAGGACGGCUCAGGACUGUCCAAUCAGGAGCCUCAGGUGCUCAUGAGGGGCGGGGCUCUGAGGAAGCAUGUCAUCUACACUGACAUGGUUGCCCCGAGCAACGGCAUCGGGACACGCCAUGACAUCAGGCUGAUGGAGCACGAGUGGAAAUAUUUUAACUCGGUGUCCCAGAGGCCGGUGAGCCGAGCCGACUUCAUGUCUGUCCUCAGCAGCAUUCAGUACGUCCUCAUCAAGGCCUCGUACGGGACGGGGCUGCAGCAGAGCCGGAUUUCUAACAUUAGCGUGGAGACGGCUGUCAGGGCGGAGUCAGCUGACCCACAGGACCAGGCCAAGCUGAUUGAGUACUGUCUCUGUCCACCUGGAUACAGCGGACUGUCCUGCCAGGACUGUGCAGCAGGGUUUUUCCGGCAGCCUCAGUCUGAGCUCCCAGCUCUCAGCCUGAAGACGCUGACGGUGCGUCCGUGUCUUCCCUGUCGCUGCAACAACCACAGUGUGAGCUGUGACCCAAUGACAGGAGCCUGCCAGGACUGCCAGCAUCACACCAGCGGGCCGCAGUGUGAGGUCUGCGUCCCGGGUUACUAUAGAAACAUCAGCGGCUCUGCCAGCGACUGUUCUCCGUGCGCCUGCCCCCUGGUGGACAACAGUUUCAGCCCCACCUGUGUGUCAGAUGGACCUGUGGGAGAUUUCCGCUGCACCUCCUGUCUCCCUGGAUAUGAAGGCAGACACUGUGAGAGGUGUUCUGCGGGUUACCAUGGUAACCCUACCUGGCCAGGCGGCGUCUGUUCGCCUUGCGGCUGCAGCGGGUGGGGCUCCCUCCAUCAGGUGUGUGACGAGCUCACAGGACAGUGUGAGUGCAAGCCUGGGGUCAGAGGUCAGUCAUGUGACCAGUGUGAGGAGCGCCAUGUCCUGCAGGAGGAGGAGUGUGUAUCUUGUGAUGAUGGCUGCACCGGCGUUCUGCUCGACAACCUGGACACACUCAGCCGCCACUUCCUGUCUGUCAACCUCAGCGCCAUCGCCACGGGGCCUUACCGCCAGCUGGCGCUGUUGGAGAAUCGGACUCACAAUCUCAAGGCUGAGAUUUCUCCAAACAGAAUCUUGGAGUCACACCUGUCCAGAUUGGAUGAGGACUUCCAUCGGUUGACCUCUGAGCUCAGCACUUUGCAGCAGCAGGUGACACGUCUGUCUGAGAACCUGAUGGAUCUUCACAUCUCCACCAACGGCAGCUGGUCCCACAGCGCGCUGCUGCUGGGGCGAGUCAGAGGACUUCAGGACAGCGUCCAGGCCCUGCAGACGGAGGCGGAGCAUCUGAACCUGACCAAUGAGGACGAGCUCGGUGUGGACAACAGGACCCGUCUGCUGGAGGAGGCGGAGUCCAUGCUGCGCGCCAUCAGAGGCGUGAACCUCACAGCCGCCCGCUCAGCAGCCAAUCAGGAGCUCAGCUUCUCCAAGUCUCUGCUCGACUCGCUGCAGCUGGAUUUGCUGUCCAGGUGGGCUGCAGGUGAAGACAGGCCCCGCCUCCUCGCCAACUCCCUCCAUGUUGCCGUGACAACCCUGCAGCGUGCGAGCGCUCAUCUUAGCGAAGCUGCACGGCGAAACGCAGAAACGCACGACCUUCUGGACGCUGCUGGGACUCUGCAGCGCCGCCACCAGGCGGGCCUUCAGAACCUGAGUUCUGGGUUCCUGUCGGUGGAGCGGAGGAUGGAGGACAGUCAGCUCCUGCUGGAGGACACCCUCAGCCUGACUGCAGAGUUGACCAACAGCAGCGCACAGGUGGAGCUGUUGGCCAGCCAGCUCCAUCAGUGGCGUCCUCUGCUCAGGAAACAGGUGGAGGCUUUGGUGGUCGGCCUGAAAGUCACCGAUGCUCUUGAAAACGUUUACCGUGCAGAGAGCCACGCCCGCCAGCUCCACAGCCACGCCCACUCUCUGCACAGCUCCAUGACGUCAGUGUUUAACGUGUCCCUCAACACCACCCAGAUGGCCCAUCUUGACGAUGACAUCACACAGCGAGUUGACUCCGCCCACCAGGCGGCCUCGUCAGGCCUCACCUCUGCUUCUCUGGCGCUCAACGCGACUGUCCAAUCAGGACGGACCCUGUCAGAGGAGGGCGGAGUCAGACUGAACAGCUCCUCCGGUGUUUUAGAGGAGAGUCUGCAGGUCAGCAGCAUGGCUGAAGGGCUGCAGAUUAACGUCUCCAUGAUAACCACCAGACUGAGACUGGUCAGAGACGGCUUGCAGAACUUCAGCCGGCUGCUUGGCCAGCCAAUCAGAGCGCUGCACAGCCUCCCUAAUGGUUCGUCCAGGUCAGUCCAGCUGGCUCAGGAUCGGGCCGCAGCAGCCCGCUCUGGUCUGCAGGGGGCGCUGCAGAGGCUGCAGAGACUCAGGCAGCAGCUGCAGGAUUCUUCUUCUGUGGUGGAAAAGACGAACAUCACAGUGAGGGAGACGAACGGCCUGAUGGGUCAAGCUCAGACUGCAGCCAAUGAGGCGCAGCGCAGACUGGAGGAGGCGGAGCAUCGCACACAGCAUCUGAUGGAAAGGAUAAAGCCCCUGAGCAUGCUGGGAGAAACCUUGAGCAGGAAUCUGUCUGACAUCAGAGAACUGAUCGACCAGGCCCGGCGGCAGGCAGCAUCGAUAAAGGUGGCGGUGCAGGUGGACAGAGACUGCGUUCGCUCCUACAGACCAGCUCUGCAGUCCAGCAACUUCAACACCCUGAGUCUGAUCCUGAAGACGUCCCAUCCCAACAACCUGCUCUUCUACCUGGGCAGCAACACCACGGUGGACUUCCUGGCCGUAGAGAUGCAUCAUGGGAAGGUUUCCCUGCUUUGGAACCUGGGCUCCGGCACAACACGACUGCAUUUUCCUGAAACGGACAUCAGCAACAACCGAUGGACCAAAAUCAACGCCACCAGGUUCGGGGCCCACGCCGCUCUGUCCGUGCAUCAGCUGGACUCUGAGUCGGCUCCUCUGCCCGCAGUGACAUCAUCUUCACAGGGAUCCUCGCGGGUUUUAGACAUCGACAGGAACACGGUGAUCCACAUCGGAGGAAUGGCUUCCUCUCAGCGUCCUGCAGGGCUGCACUCCUCCACCUUCAGGGGUUGCCUGGGCGAAGCCUCGCUGAACGAGAGAAACAUCGGCCUGUGGAGCUACGACAGCCGGGAGGGGAAGUGCGGCGGCUGCUUCAGCAGUCCCCAGGCAGAGGAGACUUCCUUCUACUUCGAUGGCUCUGGGUUCUCCGUGGUGCAGAAGCCUCUGAGAGCCACCUCCACCUCUAUCGUGCUGCUGUUUAAAACUCUGUCUCCAGGUGGACUGCUGCUCUACCUGGCCUCCAACAACACGAGGGACUUCCUGUCUCUGGAGCUGGUGGAGGGACAUGUCCGUCUGAUCUUUGAUCUGGGCUCAGGGGCUCUAACCCAGACCUCCACCAGGAAGUACAACUCAGGGGUUUGGUACAAGGUCACCCUGCAGAGGAACAAACGCAAAGGUUACCUGUCCAUCAUGGCGGCAGGCCAGUCGGCGGAGAAGGAGGUGCUGGAGGCGGAGUCUCCGGGAACUGCCUCCGACCUGAACCGCUACGAUCUGGACCCGAUCUACAUCGGAGGGUUUCCUUCCUCCAGACCAAUCAGGCGACAGGUGGUGUCCCGGGCAUAUGUCGGCUGCAUAAAGAAUGUGGAGAUUGCCCGGUCCAACUUUGACCUGCUGCAGGACGCACACGGGGUCCGCAAGGGCUGCGUUCUAAAGGCGGUGAGGAGCGUCUCUCUGCUGUCUGGAGGAUUCGUCCAGGUCGCUCCUCCGUCGUUCAGUCAGGAGGCGGAGCUUCUCUUUACCUUCUCCUCCAACAACCAAUCAGGAGUCCUGCUGGCAGCCUUCAGCGAUGACCGACCACACAGACAGCACUUCCUGUCGCUUCACCUGGUCUCAGGUAGUGUAGAGGCGGAGCUCGGUGUUGUAGGCGGAGCCUCACGGAAGGUUUCAGUAGCAAAGGCUGAUGGGGAAUCAUUCAGCGAUGGAGGACAACACUCAGUGAUUUUGACGGUCAACAGGAAGUCUCUCUCCCUACAGGUGGAAGAUGAACACCUGAAGUCGGUCUCUCUGACAGGAGGAUUCUCGCGGCUGUCUCCGUCCUCUCUGUUCAUUGGUGGGCUGCCGCCUGAGAAGGAGCCCCGUCUGCCAAUCAGAUUGCGUGUUUUAUCCCAGCGGUUUAGAGGCUGCAUCCAACACCUGGUGAUGGGCGGAGCGCUGGUAGACCUAUCAGUCGCCGUGAGAUACCAGGGGGCGGAGCUUAACAGCUGCCUGCUGGAGAGGAGCGCUGCGGGCGCGGUACUUCCUGAAGACCCCGAUGUUGAAGCAACACCUGGUCCAGCACACCUGCCACUAGCUCCGCCCACACACCUGAGUGCCCUCACAGCUGGCGCACUGACGUGUGCGUUGGACCAGGACCCGUCCUUCCUGCCGUCAGCGGUCCAGUUCGGUCUGUCCAGGCGCAGUCACAUGACCUUCAUCAUCGACCCCAGCACGGUCCGAAAGAGCGUGGCGGUGAGGAUGUCGGUUCGAAGCCAUGCUCUGGAUGGCUUGAUGCUCCUCCUGUCUGACUCCAAGCAGAUGGACUUUGUUGUCCUCAGCCUUAAAGGGGGACGGGUCAGGUUGUCCGCUGACCUGGGGAAGGGCCCGUCCUCCGUCGUCUCGUCUGUUGCCGUCAGUGAUGGAAGGUGGCACACUGUGAGUGCAGAGGUGAGCAGGAAGUCUGUGUCAGUGACGGUGGACGGUUCUGUCCCGGCGUCCGUCUCCAUCAGAGGGAACCAGCUGGAUGUGGACAAGUUACUUUUCCUUGGAGGUUUCCCUCCCGGUGUGAACAGCAGGAGGAUCAGUGUCACCAGCAGCUUCUCAGGUUGUGUCCGGUCCAUCAGUCUCAAUGGCCACCUGUUGGAUUUGUCUCAGCCGAGUUCUCAGCAUGAUGUCACUUCCUGCUUCCCCAAGGAUCAGAAAGGAAGUUACUUUAACGGGAGCGGACACGCUGAGCUGAUGCAUGAUGGGUAUAAGGUCGGCGCUGAGCUGUCGGUGUCGCUGGAGUUCAGAACCAGCCAACCAGAAGGAGUCUUUCUGGGCAUCAGCAGCGCCAAGGUGGAUGCUGUUGGGCUGGAGAUGGUUGAUGGACAGGUGGUGUUCAACGUGAACAACGGGGCGGGGCGGGUCUCGGCGCGCUCCGGCGGUCCGAUGCUGUGCGACGGGCGGUGGCACCGGCUGCUGGCCAGGAAAACGAAGCACGCCCUGACGCUGAGCAUAGACGGCACUGAAUACCACACCCCCAACCCUUACCCACAAUCCACCUCUGCCGAGACCAACAACCCCGUGUAUCUGGGGGGAUAUCCAGCCGGCGUUAAACAGAACGGCCUGACGGUCAGGUCCUCCUUCAGGGGGUGUCUGAGGAACCCGCAGCUCUCCAAGGCUCACCUGAACAUCCCUCUGGAUCUCAGCACCGCCCACUACCUGUCGGGCGUCACUCCUGAUUCCUGCCCUGCUGCGUAGCCGCCGUCACACACCUGGCUGAGGUGUUUGAGGAGCUGGGCGCUCUCUGGUUGAUCUUCUGAUGAUUACUGGGAUGUUUUUAAUGUUGAGAACCUGAAAACCAGCUUCCUUAGACUGACAUCAUCCACACUGUGAUUAAACAUGCAUAAACAAAUCAA